AGGUGGGGAAUUUAAUUUGAUAUCCAAUCUAUCCUCAAGAUUAAAAGUGUAGUAAGAUCCAGAGAUUCGGAUAAGACUUCCACGUCAUCGCAUGACAUUAUAAAUGUCAGUACCUUUCUCCCCAAAUUUCAGCACAAUCCCAUUCUCAUUUUUACUCAUCGUCUUCAACCUUCAUUCAACCAAUCUUUCCAUCCUUUUGAUUCCUCGAAAAAUUUGCAGUCGAAGCCAAAAAAAAAAAUGUUGGCCAUCUUCCAGAAAGGUGUGGUGAAUCCACCUCAGGAGCUCAACAGCCCAGCCUACCCUCCUUCCUCCUCAUCUUCCUCCCCGCGGCCACCGAAGCUCCCGCACCAGAUCGUCGACGAAUUCCUCUCCUCCAACCCGUCCGAUUCCUUCUCGAUCAAGUUCCGCGACAAUGCCCUGCUCGCCUGCGUCCCACGCCGCAGCUCGCUCGGCGCUCACCAGAGGGUGUUCUGCGGAGUGAACGACGUCUACUGCGUAUUCACGGGGAGCCUGAUCAACCUCUGCAGCUUGAACAAGCAGUACGGCCUCUCCAAGGGCACCAACGAGGCAAUGUUCGUGAUCCAGGCGUAUCUGACCCUUCGUGAUCGCGGCCCUUACCCUGCUCACAAGGUUCUCAAGGACCUCGAGGGCGAAUUCGGAUUCGUCCUCUACGACUCCAAGUCGGGCCGGGUCUUCGCUGCUCGGGGAGCCGGCGAGGAGGGAGUGGGGCUGUACUGGGGAAUAGCAGCCGAUGGAUCGGUUGUGAUAACAGACAUCUUGGAUGGGAUGAAGGGGAGCUGCGGGAAGUCGUUUGCCCAGUUCCCCGCCGGGUUCAUGUUCGAGAGCGAGGAAGGGCUGACGAGCUUCGAGCAUCCAUGGAGCGAGAUCAGAGCCAUGCCGAGAAUCGACAGCGAAGGGAGUCAUGUGCGGAGCUGAUUUCAAGGUCGAUGUGCAGUCCAGGGCUGCUACUGCUGGUACAAUGCCGCGAGUCGGCAGCGAGGCCAACUGGGCUCUGGGCGGUUCACAAGCCUGAAGUUUCAUUUCUUUCCUAGCGACUUUUGGUUUAGAAUCUGAGAUCUAACUUCGAAUGUUGUUUCUUUGAUAUGUUCUUUUUGUCUGUUGUUGAUGAUGUGCUGUUUUAGUUAACGAGUCUUGGGUUUGUGAUGCUUUCAUGGUGAAUAGAGAAAAGGGGCUUCGUCCCUGUACAAUGUAAAUAUGUUCUAUGGUUCCAUUGAAUGAUUUUUCACUUGGGAAAGAUGAUCCUGGCUUUCAUUAUUUGUGUUG